AUGGCAUUUUUGUUAGAGACCUUCCACACUCUACUCUUAUGAACAUUUUCACCACUCUCUCUCACCCAAUUUUUUCUGCUUUUCUCUUUUCCCCCAAUCGAUUCCAUUUCUCUCUAAUUAGCGUCUUCCUUCGUUUCCAAGUCAGCGUUAAGUUGUGGUUUUAGGGUUUGCGAUGAAGAUCGAGGAACUGGACGACGUUGAGUGUAGCAGCGACGAGAGGCAGAUUGUGAGCGUUGAUGCUAAGAGAGCGUUGGUGGGAGCAGGUGCACGGAUCCUGUUCUAUCCCACACUCUUGUAUAAUGUGCUUCGUAACAAGAUUGAAGCUGAGUUCAGGUGGUGGGAUCAAAUCGACGAGUUUCUGUUACUGGGCGCUGUUCCGUUCCCCAAGGACGUUCCUCAGUUGAAGACGCUUGGUGUGGGUGGUGUGAUUACUCUCAACGAGCCUUAUGAAACCUUGGUGCCUUCGAAGUUGUAUCGGGCUCACGGGAUUGAUCAUUUGGUCAUUCCCACUAGAGAUUACCUCUUUGCCCCCUCAUUUGUUGAUAUCGACCGGGCUGUGCAGUUCAUUCACCAGAAUGCAACUUGCGGUAAAACUACGUAUGUUCACUGUAAAGCCGGGCGGGGGAGGAGUACAACAAUUGUGCUUUGUUAUCUGGUUGAAUACAAGCACAUGACACCUGCUGCCGCACUGGAAUAUGUUCGGUCUCGAAGGCCUAGAGUCCUACUAGCACCAUCACAGUGGAAGGCUGUUCAAAACUAUAACAAGCGAAGGCCAUGUCCUUUACCAUACUCACCCUCUGGGGACGCAGUUCUUAUAACCAAAGCUGAUCUUGAAGGCUAUCAUAGCACAUGUGAUGCUGGUAUGGAGCUGGCCAUUGUUCCUAAAGUGCCAAAGACUAAACCCAUGAUUGCAAGAUUAUCUUGCCUGUUUGCAUCCUUAAAGGUGUCUGGUAGUAGUGUACCAAUGACCAGGCGGCUCCCGGUUUCUGAGUCACGUGCUUGCUAAGCCAGCUUGACAUGGUAUGUCAAGCAGGUGGCCUGUACAGAAGAUGAUGAUGAAAAUAAGUGAAAUUUGAUAAUUUCCUUCAAAGUCGGUACAAUUGUGUUACAUGAAGAGAGGAUGGAUAGAAAGAAAAGAUCGGAGAGAAGGUUUCUCCAAUGUUGUGUUACAGGUUAAGAGGAACAUGUUGUAGUUUCUUGACUUUUUGUACAUAUGUCUUCCUUUUGCAUGUUUGUUAAUCCAAGUGAAUCCUUGUGCAAGUUAAAGCAUUGUUUGUGAAAUCAACAGAAUUUGUCAGGUGGUGACGUAAUAGUUACUAGUCUUUUUUGCAGAUACUAAACCAUAGCCGAUUCACCUGCCUAAUCUGUACCCUGUAUCCUAUGCAGAAUUGAUGUCAAACUCU